GGUCUGAGUCCUUUCCCAAUCUCCCAGGGCCCACGUCUCCUUCCCCAGACCCGCGUCACCGCCGGGAGGACUUGGCUGCCCUUUCCUCAGCUUUUCUCAGUCCAGUGAAUCUACAGACCUAAUUUCUCAGGAGCACAGCUUGGCCUUACUUCAGCAAUAAAGGAGAAAAGGCUGGCUACAGUACACAGCUUCCAGGAUGUCCGGCAAAGGGGGCAGCACAGAUGGAGGAACAGACUUGGCUAACGGAAGCCUGUCUAGCAGUCCGGAGGAGAUGUCCGGAGCUGAGGAGGGGAGGGAGACAUCCUCAGGCAUUGAAGUGGAGGCCUCAGACCUGAGCUUGAGUUUGACCGGGGAUGACGGUGGCCCCAACCGCACCAGCACGGAAAGUCGAGGCACAGAUACAGAGAGCUCAGGUGAAGACAAGGACUCUGACAGCAUGGAAGACACUGGCCAUUACUCCAUCAACGACGAAAACCAAGUACAUGACCACUCAGAGGAGGAGGAGGAGGAGGAGGAGGAGGAGGAGGAGCAUCCUCGGUGCCGUGUGCAGCGCAAGCGGGCCAGUCGUGACCAGGACUCAUCAGAUGAUGAGCGGGCCCUGGAGGACUGGGUUUCCUCAGAGACAUCAGCCCUGCCCCGACCUCGCUGGCAAGCCCUUCCUGCCCUUCGGGAGCGGGAGCUGGGUUCAAGUGCCCGCUUUGUAUAUGAGGCUUGUGGGGCAAGAGUCUUUGUGCAGCGUUUCCGCUUGCAGCAUGGGCUUGAGGGCCAUACUGGUUGUGUCAAUACCUUGCACUUUAACCAGCGUGGCACCUGGCUGGCCAGUGGCAGCGAUGACCUGAAAGUGGUGGUUUGGGACUGGGUGCGGCGGCAGCCAGUGCUGGACUUUGAGAGCGGCCACAAAAGCAAUGUCUUCCAGGCCAAGUUCCUUCCUAAUAGUGGUGAUUCCACUCUGGCUAUGUGUGCCCGGGACGGGCAGGUGCGGGUAGCAGAGUUGUCUGCCACCCAGUGCUGUAAGAACACAAAGCGAGUGGCCCAACACAAGGGAGCGUCCCACAAGUUGGCCCUGGAACCAGACUCUCCAUGUACGUUCCUGUCUGCAGGUGAAGAUGCAGUUGUCUUCACCAUUGACCUCAGACAAGACCGGCCAGCUUCGAAACUGGUGGUGACAAAAGAAAAGGAGAAGAAAGUGGGGCUGUAUACAAUCUAUGUGAAUCCUGCCAAUACCCAUCAGUUUGCAGUGGGUGGACGAGAUCAGUUUGUAAGGAUUUAUGACCAGAGGAAAAUUGAUGAGAAUGAGAACAAUGGAGUCCUCAAGAAAUUCUGUCCUCAUCACCUGGUGAACAGUGAGUCCAAAGCAAACAUCACCUGUCUUGUGUACAGCCACGACGGCACAGAGCUCCUGGCCAGUUACAAUGAUGAAGACAUUUACCUCUUCAACUCCUCUCACAGUGACGGGGCCCAGUAUGUUAAGAAAUACAAGGGCCACAGAAAUAACGCUACAGUAAAAGGCGUCAAUUUCUAUGGCCCCAAGAGUGAGUUUGUGGUGAGCGGUAGUGACUGUGGGCAUGUCUUCCUCUGGGAGAAAUCAUCCUGCCAGAUCGUUCAGUUCAUGGAGGGGGACAAGGGAGGCGUGGUGAAUUGUCUUGAGCCCCACCCUCACCUGCCUGUGCUGGCAACCAGUGGCCUAGACCAUGAUGUCAAGAUCUGGGCACCCACAGCUGAAACUUCCACUGAGCUUACAGGGUUAAAGGACGUGAUUAAGAAGAACAAGCGGGAACGGGAUGAAGACAGCUUGCACCACACUGACCUGUUUGACAGCCACAUGCUCUGGUUCCUCAUGCAUCACCUGAGACAGAGACGCCAUCACCGGCGCUGGCGAGAACCUGGGCCUGGGGCCACGGACGCAGAUUCCGACGAGUCUCCCAGCUCCUCAGACACCUCCGACGAGGACGAGGGCCCCGACCGCGUGCAGUGCAUGCCCUCCUGAGGCCUGGCUCCCCGCAGGGGCGGGCUGGGCUGCCGGCCCCAUCCUGCCUGGGCGGUCCUUUCCUGUCCAGGCCCUUAACACUCAGCAGAAACGCACUUUGGACUUCUUGCUUUAGAUAAAAGACAACCCAGGAGAACGACAAACCAGAGGGAGCGAGCCUGCGGAGAGCACCUAGAAGUGGGAGUUGAAUCCUGGCGGGGAGUGUUUCGUGGGGAGGUGCACAGGACUGCAGAAAUAGCCUCUCUCCAAAGCCCUUUUUUUGGGAGGUUGGAGUGUAUUUUGUGAACUGGUUUGGGGUAGGGAAUGGGGUUUUCUUUUCUUUAAGCUUCCUGGUUUCUUGGUGGGGGUCGGGGGAUACCCAGCUGUUCAGUACCAAGGGGCCAGAGUGGGGGUGGUGGAGGUGCCGUUCUCUCUUUGGUUUAGGUUUUUGACCUUGUUUUCCUUUUUGACAGUUUGUUUCCCCCCUCACCACCCCUCCCCAACCCCAUCCCAGGAUCCUGUUUUUUUUCUGGGAAGUUCUUUGAGCCCCAACCAUCCCACUCCCUUCACUUCCUUCCCACCCAUUCGUUCUCUCUAUUUCUCACAGUGUUUUGCACUUGAUUAUGUAUCUUUCACUUUCCUCCCUUCACCCCACCACUCCCUAUAGUAGGUCUGGUGAGGGAGGUUGGGGGCGGGGGGGAGGGGCAGAAGUGGAGGAAGAAUAGGAAGGAGUUACCUCUUCUGUCACUGACAAAAGAAAGUUGUUUGGUGGCAGCAAUCUCCCUGUCUCUCUCACUGUUAGAGGCCUAAUUUUAUAUCUAUAAAUAUAUUAAAAAGCAAGUCAAAUUUGGAUGUAUCAUGUUAAAACUAUUGUCAAAGUUUAAAUACAUAUAUAUUCCCUCUGACUGCAAUAAAGGGACUUACAGGAGAGACUGAGUGAGAGUAAUGAUGUGGGGGUGACGGCUGGGGCCAUCCUACCUUCUGUGUGCGGCCCCUGGGGGUCGCGGCUCACCCCUUAGGAUUUAGGAGGCUCAAGACGGGGGGAGUUCUCACUUCUGCCCUUCCCUGUUUUCUGCCACGGUCUUAGGGUUCAGAAAACAGAAAACUUUCAGCCUUUGCCUCAAAUCUCCUGCUUCUCCUCAAGUCUCGGGGUUCCUAGGAUGGCUCUUCUACCAGUAGAGUGGCCCGUCUUUAAAACUUGACGGAACUGUGGGUGGAAAGGGUUGUGCCACUGGAGACCGUCUCUCCUAGGGCGUGUGUGACGCAAGACACACCCCCCGCCCUUACCUUUAGCUGCUUGAUUCUUUUAACCAUCUGACUCCACACCAGCAACCUUCCAUUGGGAAGGACCUCCUGGGUUUGACUUUAUACCUUGUCCACCUCUUGAUACCUUGGGAUUGAGGGACAAGUUGUUACUCUAAGGAUUGAUUAAGGUGGCUGGGGCAGGGACAUCUGUCUUACUACUGGUCACUAAAGUCCCAACUGAAUUCUUGCCCUUAAAUGCUUUUGCUGCUAUUUCUUUGCCCCCAACCAGGAAUUCUGUGUCCUGGGACAGUCAGAUUCUACUAGAGCAGGCCAGGAAGGAAGGGAAGAGUGAAAGGAUGGGAUUCCCAGACACUCCUUCCUCCUGCCCCUUCUCCCAGCAGCCCUCAGUCCCGUGUCAGCUGCUGCACUUCCUCCCUGCGGUGGGGAAUGUGUGGGGACCGAGGGGUCUGUGUUCCUGUUGCCGGUGGGGGCAUGGAGCGGGCCGAAAACCAUGCACUCUGGAAUUUGUUGUGUAUUUUCUCUCAGUAAAGCUUUUUUUUUUCUGACUA